AUGUGUCAACUGGGUCCCUUAGGAUUUGGUGCUUUGGUGGGGGUGCUGCUUUUCUCUGCCACAGACCCUGAGGGAUGGGUGGCAGGGACUAUUCUCACAGAUGGUGGGGCUACUUUAGACCAGGUUCAGCUGGCCAAAGCAGUGCUGGGAAAUCCCAGUUCGCCAAAUGCUGACCUGCCGCAAGACUCCAGUGUUACACGUGACCAUGUGCCAAGCAGCACCAGCACCACCACAGUGCUGGAGGGCGUGUGUGCGCUGCCGCUGUGUCAGUUGCAUAAGACGGGACCGCAGCUCUUCAUUCUGGAGCACACCGAUGGUGCAGGGCACCGGAUGAAAUCCGUCCUAGAAGCGGUCGCCAUUGCCUGGCGAAACAAGAUGAACUUCGGUGGCUUGGUCGGGCAACUGCAACCCCUGACGGAUCAACACAUCAACUUCCGGGUCAUUACGGACGCCAUUUUCGGAGACGAGGCAUCCAAGGAACUUUACAUCUACAACAUCAGCAACAAACCCAGUUGGGCAGGGAUCUUCAAUGACGUGCGACAGCUGGAAAGCAGUCGAGCCAAACUGAAGGAUUCUGACUUCGUCUACUGCCAUGCUGUGAAUGAAUGGGGCUAUGACCGGAGCAUCCCGACUACCUCUUACUUUGCGCAGUGGUUGCGGGAUGACUUGAGACGGCACCUGGAUCGGCGGCCGCUUCUCUUCGCGCCCGGGAAGGUGUCUGUGGUGAUCCACCUGCGGCGCGCAGAUCUGGAGCGAGAUGACACCCGCGCCACGGCGGACAGCUAUUACUACCGCUUAGCCAAGGAAAUCGCGGACAUCAUUCCAUCUGAUCAGCUCGAUUUUCACGUGUGGAGUUCACCCAAGAACAUACCUGCUUUUGACUACGACUACUGGACGUCCAAAGAUUAUGACGGUUACCGGGAGCGUGGUAUGACAGUGCACUUGGAUGAACACAUUGAUAACAAUGACGACAUGCUGGUUGCAUGGACACACAUGGCCAGAGCCAGCAUUUUGAUCAUGUCGCAAAGCUCGUUUUCCAUGGUGCCUGCGUACAUGAACACCAACUGUGUGAUAUUUCCAUCCAACAUCGAUGCACCUCUGGAGAACUGGGUGAAUGGAAGGGAUGAAUCCCGAGCCAGUUAUCAGCAGGAAUUUAAGGCCUGUGUAGCCCGCGGGAAGAAGAACGCCACUCUUCUGCCCAGCAGCGCAGGUCCAUCUGAGGCGCCGGGGAAGUCCAACCUGGUAGAUCUGCCGGAGAAGGAGAAGGAGAAGAGGUGCCAGCUGAAGGUGUGUAAUUUGCAUGAUCUUAGUGCACCGCGGAUUUACAUUCUCGAGCAUACUGAUGGUGCUGGGCACAGAAUGAAAUCCAUCCUUGAGGCCAUUGCAGUGGGAUUAAGAAAUGGCUUAAAUUUUGGUGGUUUGGUGGGUCAAUUGCAGCCGCUCACCGAUCAGCACAUCAACUUCCGCGUGAUCGUGGAUGCUGUCUUUGGGUCUGAAGGAUCAAGCAACCUAUUCUACUACAAUAUCAGUGUAACACCUAUAUUUGCGAAGGAAUUUGAAAACGUGCGUGAAUUGCAGGCAGCUGUGGCAGCUGGAACCGUGAAACCUGAAACUUCUCUCUAUGUGAAGGCGGUGAAUGAGUGGGGCUACGAUGGCAGCGUCAAACGGGAUCUCUACUUCCCCAGCUGGUUGCGCGAGGAGUUCCGACGGCACCUGGAUGCGCUGCCGCUGGUCUUCGCGCCGGGGAAGGUGUCUGUGGUGAUCCACUUGCGUCGUUCGGACCUGCAACGCGACGACACCAGGGCCACAGCGGAUAGCUACUACUAUCGCCUAGCAGAAGAUCUACAGAAGCUGCUUCCUGGGGAGACGCUGGAUUUCCAUGUUUGGAGUUCACCCAAAAAUAUCCCGGCCUACGACUAUGACUUCUGGAGCUCCAAAGAUUACGAUGGCUACCGCCAGCGAAAUAUGACGGUUCACUUGGAUAAAAAGAUUGACAACAAUAAAGACAUGUUGAAGGCGUGGGCUCAUAUGGCUCGCAGCUUUUUGGUGGCGAAUUGGGUGAUUGGCAACCUGGUCUAUGCCAAUUUUUUUCUGGAGCCGCGCGGUCCCGAUGGAACGAAUCGCUGGCAUGGCUACGGUUUCGAUUUUGUUCACAACUUACUUCACAUGACUGGUGAGAAGGUCUUGCAACCUUUCGUGGAUUCUCAACGACAACUGGUGGCACUUUUCAAUGGUGAGAUUUACAACUGGGAAGAGCUGGACCCUGGUGGAUUUCGCAGUGAUGGUGAUGCCAUUCUUAGUGAAUACAAGCGCCAUGGCCUGGACUUUGUGCGGCAUUUGGAUGGCGAAUUUGCUGUGGCCCUCUUUGACUUUCAGGCGAAGCAGCUGGUGCUGGCGCGGGACCCAUUUGGAACGAAGCCACUUUGGUAUGCCAUGGCCACCACAGCUGCAUCGGCUGGUGCCUUUGCAUUUUCAUCGUAUGCAUCUGCAUUGCGAAGGCUAGGCUUUCAUGAUGAGGAAAUCCUUCGAGUGGAGCCCAACUCUGCUUUGCUCUUUCAAGUUCCGGGCGCCAGUGCAGACGACCAGCCACCUACGGCACCGUCUGCGGAUGCAACGCCUUCCGUCCUUCAUCAACGUGCCGUUUUCGAAUUUGAUCUCAGGCAGCACAAGACGCACACUGAAGAUUGGCAAAAGGCACUUUUGAAGGCCAUCCAGAAGCGUGCGGCUUCUCCUCGUUUCGCUCCCGGCCGUGCCACGCCGGCCAUGUGUUUGAGCGACGGCUACGACAGUGGAGCGAUCGCCGUGUCCUUGGGACGACUGGGCAUAGAGCCGGCCAUGUACACCGUGCAAGCCAGAGAAGAUGUGCGGGUGCUGCUGGCAAGGCUUACGGAGAUGAAGCGACGAAACAUGAAGGCCACGUGGAAGUUGACGCACCUGUCAAGUGACCAAUUCCACAGCGAGAAGAAGUUUCUUCGUGAGAAUGCUGAGAAGGUGUUCUACCAGCUGAGACCGGGCUAUGCCAACGUUGAUGACAAGGCCGCGGCAGGCUUAUCCUGGAUUUAUCGCCAGGCAUCUAUGUCUGGGCAGCGGAUGUUUCUGUCUGGCAGUGGUGCAGAUGAAAUCGUCUCGGAUUAUGGAAGCAAAGGCGUGCCCUUUGAAUUUCAUAGCACCUUGAUGGGCGUGUUUCCUGAUGAUCUGUCGUCGGUCUUUCCUUGGCUCAACUUUUUUCAGGGUACUCAGCAGGACUACCUGGCAAAAGAGGAGAGCACCGCUGGAGCCCAUGGGGUGGAGACCAGAUAUCCCUUCCUCGACCGGGGCUUGGUGCAAGAGUUCCUCUGGUUGAGCGCUGAAACCAAGAACUCCUUGUACAAGGCGCCGAUCCACAAUUUCUUGACCCGCGAGCAUUUCCCCUUCGUCCAGGGCGUCAAGCGUGGCUUCUCCGCCGAUCGAAACCUCGUGGGCGAAGACGACCUGGACAGUGAUGCAGCCGCAGUCGCUGCCCGCAGCGCCCUUUGGCACCUGGCAGUCGCGGAAGCGCGGAACGAGAGCGGCACGGUGGUGUUGUCCUCAUGCAGCCACCGAUGUCAAGAACCCAACGCACCCAACAGGGCUCCGGUGACCGCGGUGGUCCAUAGACCUCUGGAAGUUCUGAUGGCGGCUGCGAGUGAAGACUAUCAGGAAUUGCUCCAAGCUCUGCCAGCCCUGCGCCGCGCCCAGCUGGCACAGCAGCUACCGCCCGCGCUGCGGGCGCCUCUGUCGCUGGCAGCGGCCAAUGGGGCGGCGACGAGGCAUCGGAUGGUGAUCCUUACGUCGUGCAUGGAGGACCACUACUUUUGGACUUACUGUGGCCCCCUGUUCUCCAGCAUAGCGGAGGUUUUUCGUGAGUCUGUGGACGCCCAGUGGGUGCGAGCCCUUGUAGCGACGGCAGGACUAGAGGAUUCAACCUUGGAAGCCGUGACUUUGGUGAUGCCAUGGGUGGAGUUUGCACCAUUCCAGGAGCACGAAGAGAAGCUGAGCUCCCAUGACGAUCCAACGGAAGGGGAGAAUUAUCGACGCUUGACCUACCAGUCCUUGAAACUUCAGCAGUACGUCUGGCUGUGGCAGACCCGGAUCUUGCCGGACAAAAACGUGGCCUUCGUGAUCUGCAUGGACUCAGAUAUGUUGCUGGUGAAACCCUUCAUGCAUAUUCUCGAGCUCUUGCAGCAGCUGCAAGUAGACAUUGCCUUCUCCUACUACGAUGGAACCCGAAGGGUGCCCUGGGGAUCUACUGAUGAGGUGGCAUUCACAAAGAAAGGCUACGUGCGUUUGCAAGGGGGUCUGCUGAUCAUGCGAAACAGCAUCGAUGCGAUCCAAUGGUUUGCAACUUGGAAAAGCUUGACCGAAGUGACCCUCUUCCACAAGGAGAAUGAGGAUCAGCUCGGACAACGUUGGCGAGAUCUUCUGGAGGAAUUCAAAGGCCCCUCCCAAGCAGCUCUGGCCUUCCUGUUGACGCAGGGGGAAGUGGAGAUCAUGAAGAAUGCCACGGCCUGCUGCAGCUCACGGAGAACCAUCGAGUUGGAGUCCUUGCGAAAAGGUGGCGAACCGUUCCAGGUGGCCAUGCUGGGCUUACCCAGCCAAUACUUGAAUGAUGCGGAGUCAACGGAGGAUGGGCUCUUGCCCAGCACGGCGCACAUUGUUCACUUGAAAGGCACCUGGUGGAGAAAUGUCCUACCGGAAGGCCAUCUGGAGAUUCAAACUCCAACCAGGUCGUACAAUUGGAACCGGGAAACUUAUGAAUUGUGGCAGCGUCACCAUGUGGCAUUCCUUAUGAUGUUGCAGAAGAGUGGUUUCCAGCUCCCAAGUUGA